CAGCACGAUGUUCCUCACUGGAGACACCAGUUCAGCUGAGGACGACAGAGGAGCCGCCCUUCCUCAAUGUUCACUGCCAGAAUUAUAUGCAUGUAUUGAGAAUUUUAAUAAGGAGAGCAAGAAAUCAAAUCUUCUAAAAAUGCAUGGUAUUUCACUUAAUGAAGCACAGGAAGUACUUGCUAAAAACCUGAAUGUCACGUCAUUCACCAGGGGCACUGAUGUGAGAAGAGAUCUCCAACCUGUUAUCAGGUGCACAGUGGUUAAAAAUGAGAAGAAGCAAGCAUCCAUGACUGAGCUCCUCCACUGCAGCUUACUGGCGGGCUCUCUCUCUCCAGUGCAGAGGCUCUCCAGGUCCCGGCAGAGGCUGUCACAGUAUGGGAUCUCCCCUCCCAAGCGCACUUUUCCUUAUGAAAUUCUCACUGAGCACUCAAAUGCCUUGGCGCAAGUUACCGUACAGAAGAAGGUUCCAAGCGCCAAAAUCUUAUGCAGCCUAGGCAUUUCCAGUACCACCCCGGAAAAGUUCGUUUUUGAAGAUAAACUUCGUAGAUACUUCUUAGUUGACCCAGGAAAACAGUUCAUGGAUCUAAGGGAUCUGGAAUGGAGAUAUUUUAAGGGGCUUGCGAAGUGGAGGCACACUACUGCGGUUUCCUUCACAGAUGUAAAAUACAACACUGAGAAGAGAUUUGUAGAGAGCCAGGACAUGCCUGAUGUUAUUUUUCCCCCUAUAGUUCGCAAGUCUUUGGUCAUUUAUCCUCGAAUUGAUUAUCAAAAUGAAGGAAGUUAUUCUCUUAAAUUGAAUAUGUAGUGUAUGAAAAGAUUUUGGACAUAGAUUUUUGCUUUCGAGAGCAUUGAAUUUAUACACAAAAAGCAAAGAAGCCAAGGACCCAAUGGAACAUCUGAACUGAGUGUGUACAACACACAGGAAGGUGUACUGUAAAAUUAAGCCAUUAAUACAGAGCAAAAUGUCCGAUUUAAUCUGCUAAUGUGAGAAAUGGUUUGGACAGUGCAACCCAUUUGGACCAGCGCUAAAGCAAAUAUAAGUCAUGUGAAAAGAAAAGAUGUAACUGAAGAACACACAAGCAAGAAUAGCUUUUUAAGGAAUUUUAAGCACACAAGGAAGUUCGUCAUCAUAAAAGUAUUUGGUAAGUUCGACAAAUAAAUUAACACCUGAGCAUAUAGAGAUCAACAUGAAAACUUAAAUAUAAUCUAUUAACUGUCCAAUGACAAAGAAGGAAACAGCAUCCAUGAAACAAGAACAGAAAUAUUUGAAAAAGAACAAAUUGGAAAUCUUGGAAGUGAAAGAUACAGUCAUUGAAAAUUAUAAUAAUAACCCUUGAUAAAUUAUCCCAGUGGUACCCUGGAUAUAUCUGAAGAGAGAGGGCUAACAAAUUGGAAGACAGCAUUGAAAAGCUUAUAGAUCAUAGCACAGUAAGGCAGAAAAAGAAGAGUAUUGGAGGGUAGAAUGAGAAGUUCAGAAAUGUAUACAAUGGAAUUCACAGAAAAAAAAUAGAAGAAUGGAAAGUAAGUGAUAUGGGAAAAUAAAAUGACAGAAAAGUCUCAGGAAACACAGGAGACCUUGAACUGAAAAAUCACAGACUGAUUAGCAAGAUAUUGAAAAUAAAUCUAUGCCCAGAAAUAGUGUAGCAAAACUAUGGACCACUAAGCAAUAAAGGAAAAUGUAAUCUGCAAAAGAGAGAUGGAUUACAUACAAAGAAACGACAAAUUGACAAUAGAACGCUCAUUAACAAUAGAGGUCAGAAGACAAUAGUGCCAUAUACUUAACGAUGCUGAAGGAAAACAGCUGUCUGUAAUUCUACAAGCAGCCAAACUCUCUCUGAGGAGUAGGGGUAAAAUAAAUAUGUUAAAAAAUACAUGAGC